GGGGGUCCAGACACACUGUGUGGUAGAAAGAAACAAAAAAAUAAAACACACAGAAGACCCUGCAAGAGUCCCCAAAGGCAACCUGAUGACACUGGACAACAUGAAGCCCGAGCGAGAUGCCACCGAGGAGUUUUUCGAGUACGAUGCAGAGGAGUUCCUGGUGUUCCUGACCUUGCUCAUCACCGAGGGAAGGACACCAGAAUAUUCUGUGAAAGGCAGAACCGAGGGGCUGCACUGUCCACCGGCCCAGUCGGCCAUGCCGCCUCUUCACAAGCACGAAUGCAGCGACAAACUGCCGCAGUGUCGGCAGGCAAGGCGAACCCGUUCAGAGGUGAUCCUGCUUUGGAGGAACAGCAUCCCCAUCAUGAUUGAGGUCAUGCUCCUGCCAGACUGUUGCUAUGGGGAUGAGUGCCCCCCGAGUGACCCCAUCAACGACCCGGUCAUCAAACAAGAUGCUCUACUGCUGGAGAGAUGGACCCUGCAGCCAGUUCCAAGACAAAGCGGCGAUCGCUUCAUUGAGGAGAAGACCCUGCUGUUGGCUGUUCGCUCUUAUGUCUUCUUCUCCCAGCUCAGCGCCUGGCUCAGCGCCUCGCAUGGCAUCGUCCCCAGAAACAUCCUGUACAGGAUCAGUGCUGCUGAUGAGGACUUGGUGUGGCAGUUCUCCCAGCCACCUUCAGAGCACAUUUUCCCCGUUCCUAAUGUAUCCCAGAGUGUUGCACUACAGGUUCGUGUCCAAUCACUCCCCCGCCAACCCACCUACCCCACCCUUGCCUGCAGCAUCCACACCGGCCUGCCUCCUCUUUACAGCAAGACCCCCAGCCUCAAUCCAAACCUCAACAGCCAUGGUGGCUUGCCCACCCUCAAAAAGAGCCAGGACCCCAGUAAAGACAACCUCCUUCAAAACUCUAACAUGUACAGCAAGAGUUCCAACUCUAUGUCUGGUCUUCUCCUCAAUGGGUUACCCAUUCCCAAUCUUCCCAUCAACAACAUCCCAAUUAAUAGCCUCCCCCACACUGCGGUGCCACCUCCCUACAACAAGAAGAGCCAGGAGCCUGGUGAAGACCACACGUAUCAGAAUGGAGAGCUUCCGCAAGUCAACAUCCCCCAACAUCAGGGCUCCCCUCUGUUCCACAGGUCCUCUCACUCCCCCACGCCCUCCCGUUCCCACUCCCCCUCUCCGCUUCCCACAAGUAAAGCAGGGAAGUGGCUGUACUCAGCUCUCAAUGGUUCAUCUGAUCCCACACAAGUAGAGGACUAUGGGUCUUGCACCAACAACAGUGAGAAGUCAAAGGGGCCCAUCCCAGAGCCACUGAGAGCAUUUAAGAAUUUCUCCUUGGCAGAGCCACCCCGCUGCCCCUCCCCGAGGCCCGCUGCAACCGAGACAAACCCUCUGAUUGGCUCCCUGCUGCAGGAGAGACAGGAAGUUAUCGCCCGCAUCGCACAGAGGCUCAACUUCUGUGACCCCACAGCACCGCCACUCCCUCCCGGCCUUUUUGCUUCUGACAACCCUCCAAAAGCCAUGUGGGGCAGUAACCAUGACGACAUAACUGCCAGUAAGACCAAAGAGCCAGAGGUACCCCCCUAUGAGUCUGUGGGACGUGUGUGGCCCAGCCCCUUCAACACACCCGUGACUGACACUUCUUUCAACAAACGGGAGAGCUCCUCCCCUAAACCUGCAGCCUGCAGGAAGCUGAAAAUGACUGAGACGAGAGACGCAGAGGAGGAGAGGAAUGGAGAGAGAGAGAAAGAGAAGGAGAAAGACAAGGAGAGGGGGAGAGACAGCUCGCUGAUUGCCCAGGCAGUACAAGACAUUACUAGACUCAUCCAAGAGAGACUGUCUGUCCCCUCUCUGUCCCCGAGGCACAGCAGGAGCGGCAGCCCUCUGCACCACACGCACACAACAACAGUCACACACACGGUCCGCACAUACUCACACACCACGUCACCACACGUCCCACAAGCCUCCUCACACACUGCCACCAACGGUUACACCAACGGCCACAUACCUAGCCAUGAACUUCACAGAGGCAGCACGCACACCGCCGCCACACACGCGCCCGUUUGCACAGACAAACCCCGAGUCGAUCCGGGGACCGAACGCCAUUCUCCCCGGGCCCAAAAUGGUGCUCACUUUACACUUGAAGAACCCUCUUUCAAAGGCCAGUCCCGCACCCAGGCUGGUCAGCGUUUACGAAUUCCCCCACAGGAAAAGCUCAGAGUCAGGAUACCCAGCAGCCAUGAAACCCCCUCUGCCUCCCCUGUCCUUGAGAACAGCCCAAGGAAUACCCAGAUCUUUAGUUGGACUUGCAAUGAUGCCAGCCCAACCAUGAACUGUAACAUAAGCCACAACCACAGCAAGCCUCAGCCUCAAUACCAGUCCCAGAUACAGGUGCAGACCUGUGCGACAGCCCAGGCCUCCUCCCCGCAGGAUGAGAACCAAGCACCCUCCGAGUCAGGAUGCUCCAGCAGUCCAGACAUGACGCCCCCUGCUAAUGUCCUGCGAGCUCACAGCCCCUCCCCUCUGCGUCCCUGCAACAGCUGGAAGAAACAGAAUCGCCACUCAUUAGACGCCACAGCGACCAAGGCCUUCCACCCCUGUACUGGCCUGCCUCUGCUCUCCAGCCCUGUUCCUCAGAGGAAAAAUCAAACGGGCUACUUUGACCUGGACACCUCUCUGGUUGGCUGUAAGGGUUUGCCUUGGGCCUCUGGGAAAAGGGUGUGUCCAAAGAGAGAGGGGUACACAGAUGAGUCACAGCAGCUGUUCAGUGCCAGCGCUCCACCUGCCAGUCUCAGUCUGCUGGGGAACUUUGAGGAGUGUGUGCUGAACUACCGUCUGGAGCCUUUGGGGUUAGUGGAGGGUUUCACAGCAGAGGUCGGAGCCAGCGGUUCCUUCUGCCCCAGUCACCUGACCUUACCUGUGGAUGUGUCGUUCUACAGUGUCUCCGAUGACAACGCUCCUUCACCAUAUAUGGGUGUCAUAAACCUGGAGUCCCUGGGGAAAAGGGGCUACCGUGUACCUCCAUCAGGAACCAUUCAAGUGACCUUAUUCAACCCCAACAAGACAGUCGUCAAGAUGUUUGUUGUGAUGUACGACCUACGAGCCAUGCCAGCUGGACACCAGACCUUCCUACGGCAGAGGACUUUCUCUGUUCCUGUCCGCCGUGACAUAAACAAUCAGACCAGCAGGAAGGCCCACACCCAUGGACGCACCUUGCGCUACCUCGUUCAUCUGAGGUUCCAGAGUUCUAAGUCUGGGAAGAUCUACCUCCAUAGGGACAUCCGUCUACUGUUUUCCAGGAAGUCCAUGGAGGUGGACAGCGGUGCUGCCUACGAGCUCCAGUCCUUCACAGAGUUGCCCAUUGACCCACCAUUCUCUCCCCGCUGCUGAGGCCUGACCCCCUCCCUCCUCCGCCCGGCAGGCCACUACCGAAGCUUCAGUCACACAUCGAUGCCAGCGAUAGACUCUUACUCAGCCCAUGGCUAGUUGAAAAGGCUCUAAAAGAGACGCGAUUUAAGGACGGCAGUCAACAAGACUCACCUGGCCUGUGCCCAACAUCUUAUGUUUCAGCCCCUCUGUCACCCAGAACUGAC